AAAAUACAGGAGCAGAUGAUGAGAUAGUUUUGAAACUCUACUCUGUUCUUAUUAAUCCCACUGCAAUUACAGGCAUUGAUCCUUCCUCUACUUUGAUCACCGACCUUAAGGCGAUCGCUGGAGAUGACAGUAGAUACUGGCAAGUGAGCUCACCGGCAGAUCUAUAUCCUAAAUUUAAUGAUAUUCUACAAAAAAUCGCUGUUUGUCCAACAACACCUCUCCCUGAUCCCGUCACAGUAGGCUGCAAACUGGACAUUGCAUUCAUAAUUGAACGCUAUAACAUGCGUUUUUCAAAAACGUUUUUGGCUGGAUUAAUGGAGGAUAUUCCAAUAUCUUCUGAUGGGGUAAGAGUGGGGUUUGUCACAUAUGAUUCUGUGGCAUCAAAAGAGUUUGGGCUCAUGACUUACACAAGCUCUGAAUCUGCAAGGGGAGCAAUCGAAAAUGUGCCCGACAGGACUAGCUCUUAUCACUUUGCAUACAAAGGAUUAAUUACAGCUCGGGACAGCGUGUUUACAGCUCUUGAUGAUCGAGAGGAUGCCAAUAACCAUUACGUUUUUGUUGUGGGACCAUUUUACAGUGAAACUGCUGCUGUGUCGCGCGAAAUCAGGGCCAGUGGGAAUAAUUUUGUCUUUGCAGCUCAUAUCGGUUCAUCUUUUCAAUCCGAAUACCAGGAAUCUGUUGAUUCUUGUGGUAACUACACGAGAUACACAAAUGCUGAUUCAUAUGAUAACCUGAUGAGCAUCAGACAACAGUUUAUAGAGAAAAUUACUUCAUGUGAAGCAAUCAUUGGAAGAACUCAAGAUUGUAAAAUCGACAUGGCUUUCAUUAUUGAUGAUACAGACGCAGUCACUGCCUCUAAGUUCCAGGAAAUGAAAACCUUUUUAGUCAGCCUUGUCACUAAAAUGGUUAUUGGCGAUAAUGCGAUAAAAGUAGGGGUUGUGACGUAUGGUAACGGAGCAGACAUUGCUUUUACGCUGAAACAAUAUCCUACAGUAGAUGAACUGAUAACAGCUAUAGGAAACAUAGCCCCAGGAAGCACGGCUUACAGCAGAAGUCGUCGCUCUGUUGAUAAAGCCAUUCUUCACACAUUAUGGUAUUUCUUCACUAAGACGAACGGUGACCGUCCGGAUGCUAGAAACUUUUACGUUGUUGUUACCUACGGAGGAUCUUAUCAAUUUAAGGAUGCGGCCUAUUGGGAAGCAUUACACUACAAUUUCCUAAUUGACCUGUUUAUCCUUGGAGUUAGUGUUCCAGCAAGCUAUGACCCGGACUUUGAGGGAGCAGUUAGUGAAGGAAGAUAUAUAAAAACCGACGACUUUAAAGGACUGUCAUGUAACAGCGAAGUGGUCAUCUCUAAUAUCACUCAUUGUCAUACAGAAGAAGCACCUACUCUUGCUCCACCAAGCUGCAAGCUGGAUAUCGUGUUUAUCAUUGAAAACUACAAAAUGCACUAUACAAAGAGGUUUAUUACGGAGUUGUUGGAGGAAGUCCCCGUUUCUUCUGAUGGUAUAAGGGUAGGUCUCGUCACAUACGAUUCCACUGCAUCAAAACAAUUUGGACUACUUUCUUACUCGACAUCCCAGAACGCGAUUGCAGGAAUAGAAGGAGUAACAGAAAUAACGGGUUCGGAUCAUCUUGUAUACCAAGGGUUAAUUGAGGCCCGGGAUAAUGUGUUCACUUCCGCUGGGGGUGAUCGAGAAGACUCAAAUAACUACUAUGUCUUCAUAGUUGGACCAUUUGAUAGUAAUACAGCCCCUACUGCAAGAGACAUACGGAGUAGUGGAAACAAUUAUAUAUAUGCUGUCCAUGUUGGUGGAACCUACCAAACUGAAUAUCAAGAGUGCGUUGAUUCAUGUGGAAACUAUACACGGUACACCGACAUUGCAGAAUAUGACGAUCUACUCACCAUUAGACAGCAAAUUGUGGCGAAUAUCACUUCAUGUGAAGAAAUCAAAGAUAUAACACAAGCAUUAAUUAAAUCUGUUGAAUAUAAAUGUACAACAAUUUGCUUAUCGGACAUUUUCAGAUUGUAA